GGACCCGCGGGCUCUGGACUGCUGUUCGCCCGCCGCUCCUCUCCGCUCCCGUCCGCUCGGCCGCAGGUCCCCGGCCCCGGUUCUCCGACGGCGGAGAGGCCCGUGCGGCGAACUCAGAAACAAAACCCAAGAAAUGCCUCAUUCCACAAAUAAAGAACUGAUAUUUGGCAUCAUGGCGGGAACUACUGGAAUCAGCUUGCUUCUCUUAUGGUACCACAAGGCUCGUAAAUCAAGGACAGCACUGAAUUUACCCAAAUUUCUUUCUCUGGGUAGUAAGUUUGAUGCGAUGACUUUUCAAGAUGAAACGUAUAAUGGCCGUGGAACAGUCGCAAUCUUUCAAGGAAGGCAGCUUCAGAUACUGGAGAAGUUAAAUGAAUUACUGACAAAUAUGGAAGAACUCAAAGAGGAAAUCAGAGUCCUUAAAGAAAUCGUUCCAAAGCUGGAGGAAUGUAUACAAGGUGAACUUGGAGGGAAAAUAACUGUUCAUAGGAUAAGUCCUCAACACAGAGCUAGAAAAAGAAGGCUUGCCACCGUUCAAAGUCCCACAACAGGUAAUAGUUCAGAGGAAGCAGAAAGUGAAGGAGGGUAUAUUACAGCUAAUACUGACACAGAAGAACAGAGUUUUCCUGUCCCUAAGGCAUUUAACACACACAUAGAGGAAUUACAUUUAGAUGUCCUUCUUCAGAAGGUUGAUAAUUUACGUAUGAAUGAAUCUAGCAAGAUGGAGAGUUUUGAACUACUUUGUGACCACAAAGAAAAGUUUAGAGAUGAAAUAGAGUUUAUUUGGAGGUUUGCUCGCGCUUAUGGAGACAUGUAUGAGCUAUCUACUAAUGCACAAGAAAAGAAACAUUAUGCUAAUAUUGGGAAGACAUUGGGGGAAAAAGCUAUUACUAGAGCACCCAUGAAUGGGCAUUGUCAUCUGUGGUAUGCAGUCUUGUGUGGCUAUGUGUCCGAGUUUGAGGGCUUACAAAAUAAAAUCAACUAUGGACAUCGCUUCAAGGAGCAUCUGGAUAAAGCAAUCCAGUUUUUACCCGAAGAACCUUUUUUGUAUUACCUCAAAGGAAGAUACUGUUAUACUGUCUCGAAACUGAGCUGGAUUGAGAAAAAAAUGGCUGCUACUUUGUUUGGAAAAAUACCAUCCUCAACUGUAGAAGAAGCUUUGCAAAAUUUCCUUAAGGUUGAAGAACUACACCCUGGUUUUUCUAAGUCCAAUUACUUGUUCUUGGCCAAGUGUUACAUUGAUCUUGAACAAACAGAUGAUGCUGUGAAGUUUUGUAAUUUGGCAGUAUUGCUCCCUUGUGUUACCAAAGAGGGAGCCCUAAGCUCGUCACACUGCACUUGGUAUUGAGAGUGUCAGCCCUUGGGCUCCAGGGCCUAAAUUCAUGCAUGUGAGCAGCCUUGUAUCCCCGGAAUUUGAAACUGCAGUGUUCUCAAUGGAGAGAAAGUGUGCUGCUUCAGCAGAAAGGUUUGGAUAGUGUGAAUCUGGAGAAGGAAGGAAUACCCUGAAUUCAAAACCAUAACCUGAGUCCUUAGAAGAUGACAUUUGAGCAAAUGUGGACAAUAUAUCGAGUACUUGAAACAUAGUGAAGCCCUCAGAGUUGAUCAGAUGCCUGUGCAGUUGACAUGCUAUGAAGAAAAACGCUUACACGGAGGAGAGUAUCACACCAUGUGAGUGUAACCAAUGCGGCAGAGACUUUAUUUGGAGACCAUCGUUGAAGGAUCAGCAUAGAAUUCGUAUGUAGAAAAAUGAAGAGACGAGUGGAUGCAGGCACGCCUUUCACAUCCUCUCCUGUCCCCGUUAGUAGCAGAGAUUUCACACUGGAGAGGAGCUCUUUGAGAAUGGGGAAAUACCCACAGCUCAACUGAUUCAGCAUGUGUUAACUGGAAAGAAACCCUACCGAUGUAACGAACGUGGCACACACUUCAGCCCGAGAGCUAACUUCUGUUCACAGCAGAGAAUUCACACAGGAGGAAAACCCUUUGCCUAUAAUCAGAGCAGAAAUGCCUCCAGUAACGACUCAUCCUUGAAACAGCCUGAGUGAAUUCACACGGCAGAGAAACUACACGAAUGUCAUCUAUGUGGUAAAGCCCUUAGCUGAUGUUCUAACCUUAGCCAUCAUGAGGAUACACGCCGGAGCGAAACCCUAUAAAUGUAAUGAAUGGAGAAGAACCUUCAGCCUCAGCUUUAACCUUUAUAGACACAAGAGUUCCCACAGGGGAGAAACUCUGUCACCUUCAGCCAAAGCUCAAGGCUUCAAAUGCACAGAACACUGAGCAAACCAAGCAGGAAGGGAGCAAGUCUUUACCAGGAGGAGGAAGCCAUUUGGGAAAUACUAGAUGAUUCAUGUUAGAGAAGCAAUUCAAUGAAAUGAACAUGAGAACCCCUUUCCUCGUAGAGCAACAUUACAGGACAUGAGAGGAUUGUCACUGUAUAGGACACUCUCAGUAUCAUGAUGGAAGGAAAGACUUCCGUGAUCACAUAUACCUUAGUCAGCCUUAAAAUGCUCACACCGGGAAGUCUCCCAGGCUUCAAGUCAAAGUAGAAAUGCCUUUAUCUACAAUUUAUAUAAGAAAACUCAUAUUGGAAAACGAAACUAUCAACAACCCUUUAGAACACAAUUCAGUCUAUAAUUUAGACUUUUGGCAAAUGACCUAUCACUGAAAAUAAACGUAGUAGAAAGAUGUACCGUGAUGCAUUCUUGGAAAUGUUGAAUGCAGAAUUUGUAAGCUGUAAUAGGCAAUAAGAUAACUUCUCCUCAGUAGAUUAAUAAAAGCUGUUGGUAAAAAAUCUAACGCAUUGGUAUUUGUCUUUAAAAAAAAUAAUGAAAUGUUAUGCUGAGUAAUGGGGCCAUUUUUCCUUUAUUACAUCACUGUCGAAAGCUGAUCAGCUUCUAUUCUUUUUGCAGCUCUCAACAUAUUUCCAAAAACUUUGUUCAAUCAGAAAACAACUUUUAAUGUAACUGAAAAAAAAAUGUAGAACACAAAAUAGUGUGUUCUAAUGAUGAUAUUAGUGUUGAAAUAUGUUAUCUACAUGGCAAGGGCGAAUGGAGACCUGGACAAUUAAACACACACUUUGCAAGUAAUUCACAUGAUCUCAGGUGAUACUGAUGCAGGUGGCAGACAUGCCCUAUUUUAUGAAACACUAAAAACAGACAAAGGCUUGGAAUGGAAAAAUAGGCCUAAAAGCGUCGAAUCAAAUAACAAUAUGGCUGAAAUGUUGGGCACGAGAGGGAAAGAAGAGAUGAGAGCCUUGUGUCUUUUUCUUAAAGGCAGGGAAAAACCAUUACAGGGUCUUAAGCAACAAGUGACAAAUGAGAUUUUGGGGCGGGCACAACUGGCUACCCUGUGGGGACUGACUUGGCUUGGAGGGAAGCAAAACUAGAAGAAGGAGUAGCAUUUGAUUAACUACAGCAAGUAGCACAGACCUGAGCCGCUGAUGCCGACUAAGAUGACGGCAGUGAGCAGUGAACGGAGAUACACAGACUUAACGGAUUUGUGGCUGGUGUUCUCUACAAGACUUACAAAUUGAAUAUCUAGAAGUUGGAGGACUCAAGAAUGAGAUUGGGGUUCCUGGCUUUAGAAACGGACCAGGGUAGAUGUAGGUACCCUUUAAGGACCCGGGGAGCAUUGGAGAGCCAGAUUUGGUAGAGAAGGUGAGCUCAGGUAUAGACAUUCUGAGUUUGUGAGAUUUUCAAAUCCAUAAACUGAUUUUAUAUUUGCCACAUAAAUGAUGUCUGAAGCCACAAGGUGGCAGAGGUCACCCAGUGAAGUUAUGUAGUGUUUGAAAGGCAGCAGGCAGAGGAUCAGCUUUGAGAAACAGCAUAAUGGAAGGGGAGGAGGAAAAGGAAGCUACAAGGGAGACCAGCAGAAGUGACCCCACGAGACAGGGUCUCAGAAGCCAAAGGAUGGUGGAAGUGGUCACCUCUGUCAGAAACCCUGGAGAAGUCAGGACUGGAAUGAGCUGAGUUCAAUGAUGUCUGUGUCACUGGUGAUCUUAACCCAGACUGUUGUCAGUGGAACGAUAGCCGCAGAGACCGUGCAGAGCACUGAGACACGCGGUCGGUGCUGGUAGAUGCACUUCCAACAAUUUGAUGGGGAAGAGAGGAGAAGUGGUGCCAGAGGUGAGAAAUCGUUGUGUUUUUUUAGAUGGGAAAUAGGGGAGCACAUUUAAAUGACGAGAAGGUCCGCAAAGAAGGAAGGAUUCAAGAACGACCAAGGAGCGAGGAGAUAAUUGGUAGAAUAAGGGAGGCCCUGAGGAGGUCAGAAAGGCAUCCAGAGCGCAUCAGGGUUCUCUUUUUUUGUUGCCAACACAAUAGAAAAGUUGAUGGAUUUGUGGACUUGGGGGUUUGUAGAGACCCAGGGCAGGUGCCACAGAGGGGGAAAGGGCUUUUGUCUUUUAGUUCAAAGGUCGCUGGAUAUAGAGUCUAAAGUGGGUAGAAAACAAGUCAAGGCAAAACAAACAAACAAAAAAAUAAGUCAAAGCAGGAGAAAGCUGGCAGAGAACAAGAGGGAAAGAAAAUCUCUUAAUAAAUCUGUGGAAGUUGAAAAAUUAUUGUAAUUGAGAGUAAUUGGAUAAAUGACACGAAAAGACGGGCAGUUGUGUUCAGAGGGCAGGACGCCUAUUUCAGAGGUAGGGCAGUUGUAGGUCAUGACAAAGCCCAGGGUCCACUCACCGGGGUGAUGGGGGAGGGCAUCGGAGGUGAGGAGGCUAACUCCAGGAAGGUGGGGUCCACGGUCCAUGGGAACUAGGAUGUCUCCAACAGUGAUGGCAGGCCUUGGCGUGGAGAGUGACCCAGGUGCCAAAGUCAUAAAAAACAAAUGUAAAAGGAGAGUGACCAGGAGAUUAACAGCUAUAAGAAAUGGCAGAGGACAAUUAUCCUCUUCCCCCAAAAUAUAUUCUCAGUAAAUGCAUUGCUGGUUAUACAAAAAUGACUUCAAAACAAGUCCCCUAACAGGAGUGCCAGGGAGCUCUGUAGACAUGUGUGAGAAAAAGAGGAAAAGUGGGAGGUUGACUCAAGGAGGGUGGUAUUGGGGGGAGUACCCAAUGAGGGUUGAUGGUGGGAAGGGCAGACAUUUGGGGCAAUAACAGAGGAAAGCGUGUUUGGGGGUAGCGGCGUUAGCUGGCGUUUUGGGCUAAAAAACCUGCACAUAACAAAUAAAUAAAUAAAAUGCUUGGAUGGAAGCCCCGGGAACAAGGUACAACGGGAGGGGUGUUGUGUGUGCGGGUGUGGCUGUGGGUGUGCGGUGAGCGAAUUCGCUGCCAGUUGAAUUGGGGUGGGGGAGUGGGGGUGCGCGAGGACACAUAUUGCCAAGCUGUGAUCUUAAUUUUAAAUCUUUCCUUCUGGUUUCUGCACGUUCUUUCCUUUAGGCAUCUAGUUGAAAUGAUUCUCUUGCUUAUGUCAUUAUUCUGCAAGAAAUUGAUCCCUAAACAUCGAUUAAUGGGAAAUGUUACUGCUAAUAGGUAUCCCAUUGAGGGACUUAUCGGUGCCAGGCACUGAACUAUCCCCAGGGUUACCAAGAUAAACAUGAAUUACCAAGAUAAAUGUAUUUUUUAUACGUUAUUUUAAAUAAUGCAUUAAUCCCCUAAAUUCAUUAAUCAUAGUUUCUCACAACCUUGAAAAAAUACUGAUUUGCUAGUAGGUAGACAUCUGAUCGACCAGACACUACGUUAUGAUUAAAACUAUUGAAGAACUUCCAGGUUUGUUUGUUUGUUUGUUUGUUUAAUCUAACAGCCACUUCCAAAUAUUAUGUUGUUCAUUUGUUCUCAUCUAUUUGUUUUAAUUUGUUACAUCCUUUAAAUUCUUUCUAAUUAGGUACUCAAUAAAUGUUAAAUGCAAAAGUGCAUAGGAGUACCCUGCCAUCUAAAUUUAUUGCCACUGUUUCUAACCUCCACUCUUGUUUUAAAGAAAUAACAAGUGGAAUAUAUUAGACCAUGUAGAAAACAUAUUAUAUGGUUUUUCACCUUUAAUAUAAACUACUUGAUGACGUCAGUGAUGAAAUGUAUAGCUAGCCUGGAUCUUGCAGUGGAAUCUCCAAUUUCUUCCAAUCCUGCUGCUGAGGCUAGGACUUCUUCCACAUCAUACAGCUGAAGAAAAAAAAAAACCAAUGUUACCAUUAACACCGUGGCGAGGGCCAAUAUGUCAGCUUACACCGAAGGAUCUCUUCUUCCGGUAUCCCACCCCUCCAGACCUGGCGGGGGAACAGCCUGGGAGUAGCUCUCUGCACUACACGUGGUCUCGGAGAUCUGAAUCAUGCCUGGAUCUCAGAAAUCUGUAGUUUCCUUGUAAUGGUCCCGCACAAAGUAUCCCCUCGCUCAACCGAAGAUUGUUUCAAAGUAGCUAGAGGAGCAGGAUAAAUGUGUGAAAUUUCAUUGUGUAUUUGUAUUUUCU